AUGGAUACCAAGAUGCGCCGUGAAGAUUCUGCUUUCGAGCUAGAAGGAUCAGAAAACGGUCAAGACGCGUCUUCGAGAGCCCAAAACCAAGAUAACAUUCAAUUGACUCGCACAGGCAAGCGGCCAGUAUUGAAGAGAAACUUCGGCUGGGUUUCUAUCCUGGGCUUUAGUUGUAUUAUUCUUGGCACCUGGGAAGGAUCAUUCGUGACCUUUGGAAUUGGGCUUACCAAUGGCGGACCUGCUGGCUUGAUUUAUGGCUUCUUGGUCGUAUGGGCAGGCACAUUAGCAACAUUUACCAGCCUAGCAGAACUUGUCUCCAUGUAA